AUGGGUCCAAUCACUACCUCGCCAGUCGUCCCUCUGGCCGCAGCCAUGGCUGCGGCCUACUGUAUCAUGGGCAUCCCGAAACAGAAUGGCCUGUUUGACAUGCUGGAUGCGCUUGCAGAAGACCACCCGACGCGUUUGCCGGGCUCCAAUGUCGACGGGGAGCUCCUUGAUGUAGGAGACUCGGGCGCAGGAAAAAUGCUAUCCAUCCUCAUUCGAUUCUUCUACCCUGCCGUGACGGGCGAAAGCCCUCGCCUGUCUCUGUUCAGCUUUUGGUUUGCUGGUCAAGUCAUUUCCAUGCACACGCUGCUGUUGCUCGAGGGUCUGCGCGAGGGCAACCGUGGUAGGGCGAUUGCCUACACCGUCAUCUGGGGAGUUCUGUACCAGAUCAUCCCGUUCGGCAUCACCAUAAGCGUCUGGGUUGCCGUGUGGAUGUGGACUUCCCCCAUCGCCAACCUUUCCGCAGCAACGCCCAAGCCUGUGCUCCUCAAGGCCCUUGGCGUCGGCAACGCCGACUUGUCCGUCGUCAUCCACUCGAUCGUCUGGGGAUUCGUCAUCCCGACUGUAUUGCUCGGCCUGCCUUCGUCGUCGCCCCAGAUUACUCAGCGCUACAUUGUCAUUUGGCAAUUUUUCCCCGUAUACGUCAGCUUGGCCCGCUUCAUCUUCUCCAACGCCCUCCAACUCUUUGGUGUUGACAACUCGGUCCCGGCCCCUCCCCCCGUCGACCCCAAGAAGCCGGGACCCAGCCUCACCAAACGCCUCCGCGCCGUCUACUUUCCCGCCCUGGUCAUGACGGCCGCCGUGCACACCUUGACGCUCAUGUGGGUAUUUUUCCCGGACAUGCGGCCGGCGAUGCUCGAGGGUGCAUCGAUCGAUUUCAUGGACGUUUUCAUGCCCGUCUCACGCCCGGGCAACGUCGUGCCCAUCACUACGGCUGCUGACGGCGUGCUCAACCUCCUCCAAUAUGACGUGUACUUUGGCGGAGCCGCUGUCCUUUUCUGGGCCGCUCAGAUGUACUGGGCUUCGACAGCCGCGCCUAGCAUGGCUAGCGUCUUGACCGUGUUGGUGGGCCCUGGCGGUGCGGCUCUAGCUUUGGUCUGGAGGCGGGACGAGCAGUUGUUGGUGGAUCUGCCUGAAGCGUCCAAGAAGGACGACUGA